AAACACGCGUCCGGCGCGAUUCAUCCGGGAAACAUCUCGCGAUUGCACUGACGUCAUCAUCUCUAUUCCUCUCCCCAUUUUGCCGACAAUUUCCUCUGCCACGACGGUGUGUAUUUGGAAUCCUUGAGAAACCAACGGUCUGGAUUUGCUAUUCUUCAUCGGAAUCGACCGAGAUGAACCCGCAAAACGAGACGGCCAAGCGGGUCGUGGUCUGCGGCGGUGGAGUCAUCGGCGUCUGCUCGGCGUACUUCCUCGCCAAGAAGGGCGCCGCCGUCACCCUCGUCGAGAGAUCCGCCGUCGCCUGCGCUGCCUCCGGUAAAGCCGCCGGCUUUCUCGCUCUCGACUGGUGCGACAACGGUCCUGUCGAGUCCCUCGCACGCGCCAGCUUUAACCUCCACCGUUCCCUGGCCGAGGAGUUAAACGGUGCCGAAUUGUACGGGUACAGACCCCUCACGACACUGAGCGUGACCGUGACGGAAUCUCAGUCUAGCUCCGGCUCUGGCGGGAAGGGUCUGCCAUCGUGGGUCGAUGGUCCGGCGAAGAGCCCAUCAACGAUCGGAACGACCCAAACUACGGCACAGGUUCAUCCUCAACUCUUCACGAGGACGCUAUUAGCUACGGCGACGGAGAAGUACGGUGUUGAUGUGGUCGUCGGGAAAGUGGAUCGAGUACAGGCUGAAGGAGGGCGAGUUGAAUCGGUGGUGCUGGAGGGUGGGCGAGUCAUCGACACGGACGCGGUUGUCUUGGCCUUGGGGCCAUGGUCCGGUAAAUUCGAGCUUUUGGCAUCGAUGUUUAGGGUUUAUGGUAUGAAAGCUCAUAGCAUUGUUCUGGAACCUAAGGAACCAAACGCCAUAACACCUCACGCGCUUGUCCUUAGUUAUCGUUCUUCUCGUGGUGGUGAACCUAUGGACCCAGAAGUUUAUCCUCGUCCGACAGGUGAAGUGUAUUUGUGCGGGAUGACAACAAAGGAAGAGGUACCAGACGAUCCAGAUCAAAUAACCGGCAAUCCCGAAUCGAUCCGUGUUCUGAAGGAAGUAGCCAGAAACGUAUCAAGCCAUCUGAAGGAAGAGAACGCGCAAGUGAAGGCCGAGCAAGCUUGUUUCUUGCCGUGCACAGACGACGGGGUCCCCGUAAUCGGUGAGAUCCCUGGGCUCAAGGGCUGUUAUGUAGCCACUGGUCACAAUUGCUGGGGCAUUCUGAACGGACCGGCCACCGGUGCUGCCCUUUCUGAGCUCAUUGUAGAUGGGAUUGCCACCAUUGUCGACCUUGAUCGGUUCAGCCCUUCCCGGUUCACCAGCCGUAAAAAGGGCUUAAUAAUAUAAGAGGGCCCUUAUGUUGAGUUCCAAUUGUGAUAAAACAAUAUUAUGUGCUUUUAACCAGAUUUCAACCACUGAACCAAGAACAAUAUUAUGUGAUUCCAAUCGAGAUUAUAAACGAUUAUGAAU